AUGGCAUCUCUCCUCCCCAGCAACGGCGAUGGCCUAGCCGGCCGGCUGGGAACGAGCCCAUGGGUGCUCUGCUCCGUCGCCGGCUUCGCCUUGUACGCCGCGCUGUGCUCCUCGCUUCGGUUCCGGAGACUCAAGACUAUGCGCAAGCAGCUCAACUAUCCGGAUCGAGAGUCGCUGUCUCGCAUGACGAACGAGGACGCGCAGAAGAUUGUCAACAUUAUCAGCAUUUAUGAGUUUCCUACUCUCUAUGACUUUUCGCUUCGAUAUGCCAUCUUCAGGACCUACGCUAUGGACAACAUCGGCAAUCUCUUGUACAGAGUUAGCGAUUUGGCGAAGCCUGCCGAGGCCUCUAAAAGAUACGAUGAUACUCAAGUCCUGUAUGCCUGCUACGCAAAUUUCGCCCCGGGAUCCGAGGCCCUGGCCAAGAGCGUUGCCCGCACAAACUUCCUCCACCAGCCAUAUCGGCAAUCCGGCAAAAUCAGCAACGCGGACAUGCUCUACGUCCUCUUCGAGUCCAUGUACGAGCCCGUCCGCUGGAUGCGCCUCUAUGAAUGGAGGGAGAUGGCCGACAUGGAGGUGGCGGCCCUGGGCCUGCUCUGGAAGUAUAUCGGCGAGAUGAUGGACAUUGACUACAAGGCCGAGCUGGGCAAGGACCAGUGGAAGGACGGCAUCGAGUUCAUGGACGACGUGGCGGAGUGGGCUGCCGGGUAUGAGAACGAGCACAUGGGUCCCUCGCCAGACAUUGCCAAGCUGGGUCAGGUUUUGGUCGACGUGAUGUUGUCGGCGUAUCCCAAGUUUUCGCGAGCGCUCGGGUACAAGAUUCUCAUGGUUCUCAUGGGCGAGCGCAUGCGACAUGCCUUUGGCUUCCCCGAACCUGGUGUGGUAGAAUCCGUCGUCGCAUACUCUCUUCUUCUCACCCGAAAGCUCUUCAUCCGCUACUUAUGUCUCCCUCGCAUCAUUCCUUCCAUCUUCAUCAGCCAGCCAGAUCCAGUGACGGGCCGCAUCCAGCACUAUCAUUAUCUGAAGGACCCCUGGUACACUCCCCCCACCUUCUGGGCUCGCUGGGGCCCCGAAGGCUUGUUUCGACGAGCGUUUGGCCUCAAGGUUGCUGGAGACGGCGGCGAGGCCAUGCUGCCGGAUGGGUUCUUGUUUGAGGACGUUGGACCACGGGAUAAGAUGGGCAAGGGGGUGGAAGAAACAGCGCGUCUGGCGAGGGCUGCGCAGACGAAGGUGUCGGCUUCGACCUGUCCUUUUGCGCUGCCAAAGAAGGCUUGA